AUGGAGGGGGAAAGUGAUGUUUCUUUUGAUAAAGUGACUGGUCAAGAUAUUGGGGGUAGUAGUGUUCCAUCUUUUGAUGCAUUUGAUGCUGAUUUAGAGCCAUUCAAUGAACCUCCUUUUGAACCAACUCAAAAUACUGCCCCUCUCCAACCUAACUCUCCAAGUUCUGUCCCUUGUACUCCUCCAACUGUUGACAAUACUGAAUCAAAUCUUGCUUCUAAUACUACUGUUGCUGCAUCAAAUCCUGCCCCUAAUACUACUACUGAACCAAAUCCUGCCCCUAGCACUACUGCUGCUGCAUCAAAUCCUGGCCCUACUACUACUAAUGAAUCUAUUCCUGCCCCUCAUACCACUGCUGAAUCUUCACAAACUAUGGCUGUCCCUGAUUUUUCUGAAACUGGUAGUGAUUUAGAUUCAUACCUAGAUGGAUUGUUUGAUGAAGGAGAAGUACAUAGUGAGAGUGAUGUAGAUGAGGAGCUAAGGGGUUUUAGGGAGGAAGAGAGAGCUGGAAAAGAAAAAGAAGGAAGAGGGGUGAAAGAGCUCCUGUUCUUGAACAUGUUAAGUUAG